UUGCCACAUACAUGUGCACAAAAAGAAAAAGCUGUUUAUCCUUUGGUUCAAACAUUAACAGAUUUUAGAAAAAAUGGAAAUGACUUUGCAGUCUCUUUGCCAGGCUAAGGUUCUAAUUAGCUCAAUAAAAUUUCAUUCUAAAGCAUAUCUUCUUCUUUCUAAUUCAGUCCCUUUUCAGUCCUGCAAGACCAACACCUUUCUUAGAAUCAAACCAUUAAAGAAACACUCAAGUCUUGGAGUUGUACAUGCUUCUGAAUCUGAGAGCACCUCAACUGAUGUUGCCGAAAGGUGGCUUCUUGAACCUGUUGGUGAUGGAGAUACAAGGCACAUUGGUUAUAAAGUUCCAAUGCCAGAUGCAUUCGAAAUUACUUCUAGUGAGGUAACCGUUGGCCGUCUUCCCGAGAAGGCAGACAUGGUGAUUCCAGUUGCAACAGUAUCUGGGUUGCACGCCCGUAUUCAGAAGAAAGAAGGGAGUCUGUUGGUUACAGAUCUGGACAGUACAAAUGGGACAUUUAUUGAUGAGAAGCGACUCAGACCUGGAGUUGCUGCCGCUGCAUCAUCCGGGAAUUGUAUUACAUUUGGUGAUACCCAUUUGGCAAUGUUUUGUGUAUCAAAGCUUGAGAAUUUGGAAGAGACUGAAGAUGCGAGUGAAAGCCCUGCUGUGAGUACUGAAACAAGUUAAAAAUCUAGGAUAUAUUCAUAUGAUUCAUAGAGGGAACUCUUCUUUUUAGUGUUUGUGUAGUAAUCAACUUAUUAAUUAAUUCUCUGAAAUUUCAUAAACAAAUCAACUAUUCGGCUCCAAGAAUAUUUUAGAAUUUUUGACAUUAUUGUUAUAUUAUGAAAUGUGUUGUAAAAAUAAUUGUAGAAAUAUAAAUAAU